UUUAGAAACCUCGACCUACGCCAAUUAAUCACUUUGCACAUCAAUCUCGUAGUUCCAUGUUUAGAUUUAUCACACUGUUUACAUGAUAUAUAGUGUCACGUGCAAGGUUAGAGGCGUAGGCUACCUUUCACCUCCAAGCCAUUGUGCUUAACCUUCCGGCGGCAAUUCAUGGCGCAUUGAAGCCUUCUAGAUAGGCCUCCAUCUUAUAGCCUAUUUAUCUUUCGGGUAAACAGUACGCAUUCUUACGGAGAGGCUAAUAAAAACCGAGCCUAUAUAAACUUACCACCUAGUAUUUGGAUUCAAGAGAAAGGUUGAAGGACUGUACCUGAGAGGUUGCUGGCCAACAGAACACUUUAGGAAUAAUUUAUUUUUCAAAGCGGUGUUUAUCAGCGCGGACAAAUUAUUUAUUAAGGAGUUAGCACUCUUCUCGAUUGUUGGGCAAAUAUUGUUUUUUUUGGACAAAAUAGAGAAAAGGAUCGCCACCGCUUGUAAUUACACUGUGGGACAGUCUGCCAGAGGUUCUGAUGCCAUUGGCCAGCUUGAUCAACAUUUGCUUUUCAUUUCAUCGUUGACCUCAGAUGGGAACACAUUCUGGUUCUGGAAUUUUCUUGAUAGAAAAAGCAGUUGAUUUUUUUGCGAAUCUUUGCGAGCUUCUAAAUCCAAACGUGAUACGGAGUGAAACGUUCGGAAGAACGUGUAAACUGGAAAUGUUUCGUUCAGGAGUUUUACUGAUCUUACUCGUGUGCCUUACGGCAUCACUGGUGGAAGCCGAAAAGGUCGGAAUAUGCCCAGCCAUACCACUCGAGUCUUUUGGAUCGUGCGGAAUCACGUGCACAUCGGACGAUGAUUGCUCCGGACGUGAUAAGUGUUGUUCGACCGGAUGUGGGCAGUCAUGUAUGGAACCCGAGCCUUAUGUACUGUGUCAGAUGUAUUGCCCCCAUGGCUUCGUUUUGGACACGAAUGGACGCCCUACCUGCAAUUGCAGCCAGCAAACUGAGAUCCACGAAGGCGAAUGUCCAGUAUCUGACAUGAUCGGCAUCUGCGCAGAAACAUGUGCACAUGACGGUAACUGUUCGACCAAUCAGAAGUGCUGUUCAAAUGGAUGUGGUCACGAUUGUAAAGAUGCUGUCUUUCCAGAAAAACAAGGACAAUGCCCAGCUCUUCAAGAUGGUGGUUUCGGCACCUGUGUCGCGGAGUGUCAGCACGACACACAAUGUUCUGGGUCGAAAAAGUGCUGCCACAACGGUUGCGGUCAAGUCUGUGUGGAUCCCACAAAUAGUUCUCCGUCAUACCGCCCUGGAACCUGCCCUGUCGGACUCCUGGCAAAUGGAACGAUGGGUGUGUGCGCAGACUUCUGUGAAACCGACCUCGAUUGUCCCACUCAUCACAAGUGCUGUUCCAAUGGGUGCGGCCAUGUUUGCAUGGCGGCGGAUUCACUCCAAGUUAUCCAUGAGGGUUCGUGUCCGGCGUCAGGGUCACCGGACGAUCAGAACAUUGUGGGCCUUUGCGUCGAGGCCUGCGACAAUGAUGGCGACUGCGAUGAAAACCAAAAAUGCUGCACCAAUGGCUGCGGUCAUCUCUGCAUGAGAACUGAAUCAACGCCAUGUCCACAAGUGAUGUGCAUGAUGUGGUGUCCUUAUGGAUUCAAACAGGAUUCUGAUGGGUGCAAUUUAUGUGAAUGCGCUAACCAAACAGUAAUCCACGAAGGGGAAUGUCCGGUCGUAGCAGAAGGCAUGAUGGGUAUUUGUAUGACAACAUGUGACCACGAUGGUUCCUGUUCGGCCAAUCAGAAAUGUUGCUCUAAUGGAUGCGGACACUCAUGCCAAGAUGCUGUGAUACCUGAUGCCAGCAAAGCAGGUUCCUGUCCGUCCACUCUUUCGUCGGAUACGGUUGGAAUCUGCUCUGAUUUAUGCUCUAGUGACACUGAUUGUAGUGAAACAUACAAGUGCUGCUCGAAUGGAUGCGGUCACCUCUGUCUUGCACCAGUGACCUACCCAGUUCACACGGGAUCUUGCCCAGUUGGCGACUUGCCGAAUGGUGCAUCAGGGAUCUGCUCAGAAAUGUGUUCUCAUGACGGGCAAUGUGGACCGCAUCAGAAGUGCUGUUCCAAUGGUUGCGGCCACACUUGUAUCACUGCUACUGACGUGUCCGAUGAGUGCCCUGACGCCAUUUGCCAGCUACAUGUAUUCUGCGAACAUGGUUUCAAGAGGGACGAAAGUGGUUGCGAGAUCUGCUCCUGCGAGACACCAGUAGGCCUUCACGCCGGCACUUGCCCGGUAGGUCUACUGCCUGAGGGUGUGGUCGGAACCUGUGAUGAGAGCUGCAUGGAGGAUGACGACUGUUCAGAGACACAGAAGUGCUGCUCCAACGGCUGCGGGCACGCCUGUGUCGAUGUGACAACGUCACGUAACGCAACUGACCUCUGUCCGCUCAUGAUGUGCUUAAUGUGGUGUGAACACGGCAACCAGAAGGACCAGAAUGGAUGCGAUACAUGUGAAUGCAACCAACAUCCGGUGCCGUCAUGUCCAGAUGUAUUAUGUGCAUUGUAUUGUCCCUAUGGUAACCAGCUAGAUGAAGGUGGAUGCCCCAUGUGUGCCUGCAACGAAAAACUGGAGGACUGCCCCGAAGUGAUGUGUAUGUUGUACUGUGAACACGGCUACGAGAGACACCCGUCCGGCUGUGAGAUCUGUACAUGUAGCCAGCCCCCCGUAAUCAGACCCGGUGUUUGUCCUGCGCCCAUCUCCCCGGACCGGAGAUCGCUACAGACCAAUAUGUGUGAUAAUGAUGAAGAAUGCCCGAUCUUGCAGAAGUGUUGUUCCGAUGGGCAAUUCUACGGAUGCGUAGAAGCAGUGGAUGUGCCUCCGAUGUGCCCUGAAAUAAUGUGCAUGCAAUACUGUCCUCAUGGUUUCAAGAAGGGAAGGAAUGGAUGUGACGUCUGCGAAUGCAACAGCCAAUCAGCCAUCCACGAAGGAGUGUGCCCUAUUUUGAUGGGUGGUAUGUUUGGAACCUGCAACGAUGCUUGCGAACAUGACGGGAACUGUUUGACCAAUCAGAAGUGCUGUUCCAACGGCUGUGGGCACACUUGCGUCGACGCUAUCCAACCAGGAGACAUUAAACCGGGGAGUUGUCCAAGGUUAGAAAACGCUGGUGGCGCUCUUGGUCGUUGCGAGGAUCACUGUGUAGAUGAUACGUCCUGUUCAUCGACCUCGAAAUGCUGCUCAAACGGAUGUGGACGCUCGUGUUUCGAGCCGGACCCUACAGUGAUAACUCGACCAGGGACGUGUCCUACCGGUGCGUUGUCCAAUGGGACGAUGGGGGCGUGUUACGAGGGUUGCUAUGACGACGGAGACUGCUCCACCAACCAGAAGUGUUGCUCAAAUGGGUGUGGUCAUGCCUGCGUCACUGUAGUUGUAGACGAACCAAGUCCUUGUCCUGAUAUGCUCUGUGACAUGUUCUGCGAAUUUGGCUUUGUGAGGGAUGGAAACGGUUGUGACACAUGCAUCUGUAACGAGAAGCCUGCGGUUCAUCUUGGAAGUUGUCCAACCGAUGGAUAUGAUGGAGUCGGAGUAUGUAUGGACGAAUGCUACAAUGAUGACGACUGCUCAGCCAAUCAGAAGUGUUGUUCCAACAACUGCGGUCACAUGUGUCUGGAAGCUGUUCAUGCUCCAGUCAUCCACGAAGGGAGUUGCCCUGUUGGUAAUGUACCGAGAGGACUACUCGGUCUCUGCGCUGAACUCUGCACUGAUGAUAGCUCGUGUGCAGCCAAUCAGAAAUGUUGCUCAAAUGGGUGCGGUCACGAAUGCAUAGAUAUGACACCUGACUGUUCAGACCGUGUAAUGUGUAUGAUGUUCUGUGAGCACGGCAAUGUGAAAGAUGGCGAUGGCUGCGAUACAUGCGAAUGCAUUGAACCAGUUAUUUGCCCCGCGGUUCUAUGUAUGAUCUUCUGCGAGCAUGGAACACAGAAAGAUGAACGUGGAUGUAACACCUGCGUGUGCAAUACGGAACCAGUGACUUGUCCUCCAAUUAUGUGUAACAUGUGGUGUGAGAACGGGUUUGAACACGACGAGAACGGUUGUGAUGUCUGCCGCUGCCAAUCUCCAGUGAGCUGCCCAGAAAUGAUGUGCAUGAUGUAUUGUGAAAACGGGUUCCUCCGAGACGAAGAUGGUUGUAGUAUCUGCUCGUGUUACACUCCACCAGUUUUACAUCCGGGAUCUUGCCCCGUGAACCUACUUCCCCAGGGCAGUGCGGGAAUAUGCAUCCAGGGCUGUGCUGACGACGGAUCGUGCUCAGCCAAUCAAAAAUGCUGUUCUAACGGAUGCGGUCACGUGUGCAUGGAUGCCGUUGUAGAACCAGUUAAAGCUGGUACUUGCCCCGUGGUGCGCGAUGGCGUGUUUGGUACGUGUGUUAACAUGUGCGGACAUGAUGGUAAUUGUGAUGGGGACAACAAAUGCUGUUCCAACGGAUGUGGACUAUCUUGCGUUGAACCAGGACCCUCACCGAAACCGGGGAUGUGCCCGAACCAAACGAACUCGGAUUCUCUCGGAAUCUGCGUCAACGAGUGCGAGCAUGACCACGGUUGUACGGAAGAUAAGAAGUGUUGCCAUAACGGUUGCGGCAUGACCUGUAACGCCCCGGUUCCUGUCACCAAGGCGGGAGAGUGUCCGGCGGUCCUCUUUAACACAAUAGGACUCUGCGUGGAAGACUGCAACAACGAUGCUGGUUGCCCUGGUCAUUUCAAAUGCUGCAGUAAUGGGUGUGGUCACGUCUGCAUCGACCCAUCCCCAGACGUUUCUCCACUUCGUGCUUCAUCACAGGCUCCACAGAAAUUUUUCGCUGCUCCCUUCCAAGUUCUACUCAUAGCGUGUAUGGCCCUUCUUUCGAUGAGAAUUUAAGCCGAACAGCAAAUUCUUUGUACUAUAAUGAUGACACGUAUUGGCGGUAUGCACACUGAUUUAUUGUGAGAUGUAUUUGACAAUCUCCUGUACGUUGAGUCCAUGUCCAUGAAGGUCUCAUUUGUCAUAGUUUUCUCCAGACCACUGAACGACAUGCUGAGGUAAUACCCACGGUCUGCAUUUUACCCCUUUUUCUAAUGUAGUCAUCUCCAUUCUCAUUUUCCUACUCAUAUAUGGAAAUAUUCUAGAGGAUGUAUGGAGUAUCUUUAUACGAAAAAUAUUGUUUUUUAUAUAUUCAGUAAUAUUUGUAUUUUAAUCUAUAUUUCCGUUCAACUCUGGUUGUUGAAUUAAUAUCCUCCAUUAUUAUAUGAGAUUGAAUGAACAGAGGGGAAGUUUUGUCUUCCUUAUAUAUUUUUACCAAAUAAAAGAAUAAGUGUUCGAGACUGUGAGAGAGUAGAUCAUUACAUAAUCUUGAAUUUUACAAUGUUGAUGUAUAAAACGUAUAUUGUAAGCAUGAUAUACUUUUUAGCACUUAUUGAUGACAUCUUUAUAUCUUCAUUUUAUGUUGAUGUUAAUAAAUAUUUGCUUUUCAACUAGUCAGUGCAACCAAUCAGCUGAUCCAAAAACAAACUCGAAAUGGACCUGAAAGGCUGAAAUCAUGUCGUCGUCGUAUGAAACCGUUGGAAAUAAUUUAAGCUUUUAUAUUACAAUGUGUAUACGUAUAGAUAUUAUCACAUUUGAUUUGAAAAAAAGAAAAUUACCGUAAUAAAUAACCUAUUUAAAUUUUUAUCAAAUCGAAUAUUAAACACAUUUUGGUUGAAUAUCCUAUACCAUAAAAUAUGAGAGGGGAGAUGUCGACCACUUAUACACUCAAUAGACAUUAUCGUAUACAUAAUAAAACGAGAGAACGACUGUUCUAGUGCAGCGCUUGUACAGUACUUGCAUAGCGGCAAUUAUUUCAUUCCGGAUGGAUAACCGAUAAGAAUGAUGUCGAAAGAAUUCUCCAUUAAUUUUUAAAGAAGAUUGUAUUGUGACGUAAGUACUUGCAUUUAAGUGCAAAUGCCAAGGGGCGAAAUGGAAGACUUGAAGCAAAAAUGGGGAUGAACGUUAUUCAUAAUCAAAAUAAAAUCAAUAAUUGGGUUAGGUGUUCAUUUCAUUCAAUCGCUUAGGAUGAAUAAUAAUGAAAGAAAAAAUAAUACAACCACAGUCUUCGCCUCUGUUAUCAUCGGGAGAUUAUAGAGUCUUAUGGAGAUUACUUUAAAAUGUCAGGUCGGCAUUAUAAUCACAUUUUUAGAAAGUACAACUUUCUCAUAAAUGAUUCAACCGUAUUUUAUAAAUUAUAAGCAGUUCUAUGAACAAAUUAUAUAUUUUUGCACUUUUUAAUAACAUUACAUUUUGAUUCGCCAUGUUUGUGAUUCUUUUUCAUUAAAUUAUAUUGUAUUACUUUUGACUGAUAUUUCCUAUUUGAAGUGGAUAAGAGUUUUGAAUUAACGUCAAUAUACUCUUGCUUUUCAUUAUUUAUUAGGUCACUAGUUCCAACUGUUUCCAAGUAACUGGUUCAAACUUGUUCUAACUGGGAGAAGGAUUCUCAUGCCUUUUUUUUUAUCAAUCAGUAAUUUUGAACGAUUUGGAUGUCACAAAAUAUCGUACUGUAACGUAAUCUUUGUUAUCGAAAGCUUUCGUUGCUAACUUUGGAACGUUUCAUAUCAGACUUAUCUGUGUAUAGCUAACUAAAAGACAUAUUUACUAGUUUCUCGUACCCUCCUCAAUCCUCUUUUGUUAUUUGAUAUUUUCUUUGUGAAAGGAAAACCAGUAAUAAUGUGAGGUCAUGUAAUAACAAAGAUAAUUGAAAUAGAGUUAUUCCAUCUUAGUACAGUUACAAAUUAAAUGCAAUUCAUGAAUAGGCA